AUGAUGCAAGGGGAGGAUUCAGAUGGUUAUGUUGAUUUUUUUAAGGAAAGGGAUUCUUCCAGUGAAUAUUAUUCAUUUUUCAGGCAUGAACAACCAUCUUCACCUAAACUUUUGACACCAGCGAAUAAUCGCAAUAUUAUCAAAUAUUUAAACGAAGUGUUACCAUCAAUAAAUGACCAAGAAUCAGUAUAUGCAGCUGGUUUGAUACUGGAUUUGUUGAGGUUGCGUGAUAAAUGGGUGAUGAAUUAUCCCAUACAAAAUUCACCCUCAAUUAAGAUAAAAUCUACAAUAGAACAGGAUUCAAGUUAUGAACCAAUUUAUGAUCCACUCAGUAUACCCAUACCUGACUAUUUGCCUGGGAUAAUCAACUACGAAAAAGGCAUUUUCUGGUUUACAGAGACCACCAAUGUUCCAACAAUCAAAAUAUCCAAGCCUAAUGUACUGUCAUCUGAUGAAUUUAUCAACGAUUUAUCCAGUAUAAUGUCGGUCGUUCAAAAUUCAGCUGCAAACACAUUUGCCUACGACAGACUACAAUUACUGGAGUACAAGUUCAAGUUGCACAAAUCUUUCAGCGGCCAAGAUGAGGUCCAGGAACUUAAGUCCAUUAAACACCGUGAUUUUUACAAUGUAAGAAAAAUUGAUACUCACAUCCACCACUCAGGUUCUAUGACACAAAAGCACCUACUCCGUUUCAUAAGGGAUAAAUACAUUUCAGAACCUGAUACGGUUAUUAUUAAAAAAGAUGACAAUGAUAUAACUCUCAAACAGUUGUUUGACGAAACCCUGAAGAUUACCCCUCACGAACUAUCUCUAGACUCACUUGCUAUAAAUGAUCAGGCAGAUUGUUUCCGUCGAUUUGACAGAUUUAACCUAAAGUACAAUCCAUUUGGUCAACAUGAGUUGAGGACUGCCUUCUUAAAAGUUGAUAACUGUAUAAACGGACGUUAUUUGGCUGAAAUCACCCAACAGAUGAUAGAGAAACUAGAGAGCUCAAAGUACGAACACGUAGAAUGGAGGAUUUCAAUUUAUGGUUCAAGCGAAAAUGAAUGGCAAAAUCUUGCAUCGUGGAUUUCAAAUAACAAUUUACAUAGUAUUCGCGUCAGAUGGGUAAUACAAAUACCAAGGUUGUAUGCUAUAUUCAAGGCUAAAAAGAACAUAAACUCUUUUGGCGAAAUGCUGCGUAACAUAUUCAAACCAUUAUUUGAGGCAGUACAAGAUCCCAAAAAACAUCCGGAAAUCUAUCUAUUUCUUCACCAGAUAGUCGCAUGGGAUUGUGUUGAUGAUGAAUCAAUUACAUUUAAUUAUCACUUGAGUAAAUCAAAUCUACCUAAACCGGAUGAAUGGACGAGUGAAAAUACUCCUCCAUACUCCUACUUCCACUACUACAUAUACGCUAAUGCUAAGACUCUUAAUGAAUUACUUAUAAAGCAGAAUAUUGCGCCCAAAUUGUUUAGGCCACACUGCGGAGAGGCAGGUAACAUCAGCCAUUUGGCCUCAAUGUUUUUGUUGGCCAAUAGCAUAAAUCACGGACUGAAACUCAGGAAAUCACCUAUCCUGUUAUACCUAUACUACCUAAAGCAAAUAGGUCUGGCAGUGUCACCUCUAUCAAAUAAUCUAAUUUUUUUAGACCUGGCAAAGCAGCCAUUUUACCGCUACCACUGUAUUGGCCUUAAUAUUUCUCUUUCUACUGAUGAUCCUCUAAUGUUCCAUCUCACAGGUCAUUCUCUCCUUGAGGAGUAUUCCGUUUUUGCUAGUGUAUUUAGACUCAAUGCAGUGGAUCUAUGUGAAAUAGCCCGCAAUUCUAUAUUGCAAAGUGGCUUUGAGCACCAAUUGAAGAAGCAUUGGCUUGGGCCAAAGUAUUGGAAAAAUGACAUAGAAGCCAAUUCACCACAACAUACAAACACGUCUAAUAUCCGAUUUGGAUACAGGUUGGAUAAUUUAUUGGCUGAAAUGAGAGUACUUACAUAUCUCGCUGGAGCACGGCAUUUCGGAAAGAUAUGA